UUGUGUAUAUUACGGUAUACUAUAACUGUUGGUUUCAUCUGUGUCUUUGGUAAAAUUCUUUAUAUAGUGCAGGCACAUUAUAUAUUUAAUAAUUUAAAAAUAAAGUUAAAUUUGUGUCGGACUGUGUUAACGAAGCAACAAUGUACGACGAUUUCCCGACCGAGUACCAGGUCAUCGUCGUGGGGACAGGUAUGGUUGAGUCCAUUCUGGCGGCGGCAUGUAGUAGGAUACGGUUAGAAGUUUUACAUUUGGACUCCAGCGAUCAUUAUGGGGGAUUGUGGGCGUCGUAUAAUUUUGAGGGCCUGCAAAAAUUCAUCAAAGAGGUGAAUACUAAUCCCAAUAUGAAAAAUGUUGUGUACAACGUGCAAGAGAAAUGGUAUAUUGGCAAGGAUUCCCCAGAAGAAGAAACUAAAAAGGAAGGUGAAGAGGGUAAGACUGAUGAUAGUAAAGCUGAAGGCGCAAAAAAACUAUGGACUCGAGCAGAUUUUGCAACAGAAUAUAGGAAGUUUAACAUUGAUACAACUCCAAAGUUGCUGUUCUCUCGCGGCCCACUGGUCGAACUUCUGAUAUCAUCGGACAUUGCCCGUUACACGGAGUUUCGUUGUGUGACACGUGUCCUUACUUGGCUUAAUGACAAACUGGCGCCAGUGCCUUGCUCGCGAGCUGACGUAUUCGCCACUGAGGCGGUUAGCAUCGUCGAGAAACGUAUGCUCAUGAAAAUGCUUACUUCCAUCGUUGGCUAUAACGAGGAGGAAAUGAACAACGAAUUCAAAGACUGGAAUGACAAAACCUUCAAAGAAUAUUUAACCCAUAAGGGUUUAACUCCAAACUUAAUUCACUACGUAUUGUUCGCCAUCGCCGGUGGUACUAACAGCAUGCUAUGCUUGGAUGGUGUAAGGGAAUGUAAAAAAUUCCUUAUGAGCCUCGGCCGUUACGGCAAUACUCCAUUCUUAUGGCCAAUGUAUGGAAGCGGAGACCUGCCUCAGUGUUUCUGCAGGUUGAGUGCGGUCUUCGGCGCUACGUACUGCUUGAAUCAACCAAUCGAUUCAAUUGAAACAAAGACUGAAGACGAUGGUAAAAACGUCGUAGUAGUCAAAUGUAUGUCAAAGACUCUCACAUGCGACCACUUGAUAAUGGAUAUCAACGAAUGCCCCAAGGAAAUCCUUUCUCCCGAGCCGGCAGAGGCUUCUUCUGACAUAUCAAGAGCUAUUUUCAUAACGAAUGAGACUAUUAUGCCAAGUGAGAAGGAACCCCUUACACUGCUAAGGUUCCCUCCACUCGAAGAAGAUGGAAAUGCAGUUACUGUUCUGGAAGUAGGCCCUGCCACCGGUUCUUGCCCUAAGGGACUUUUCCUCGUUUACUUCUUCACAACCAAGGUGAAGGAUGCUGAGAGCGAUUUGAAGCCGUAUGCUGAAAAAAUCUUGAACUUGUCCGAGGGCGACCAGACUGAAAAUUCUGAUAAACCCAAGUGCCUAUGGUCAUUGUACUACAACGUGAAGGACACGAGUGGGUCAGUACGUGAAGGUAUCGACAACGUACACGUGUGCUGUGGGCCCGAUGUCGACCUGGAUUUCGACCGCGCUGUGCAUACGGCGAGAAAAAUAUUUGAGAAGAUGUGCCCAGGUAAGGAAUUCCUUCCACGCUCCUACAGAUACAACGAGCUGGUGUUCGAGGAUGCUCCGCCUGGCCCCGAGUUUCAGAAGGAAGACGAAGACGCAGAUGGCGACAAGGAGUAACCGUAGUAGCUUAGAAUUGAACGCACCAGUCAGAAGCAUAUGGUUAUAGCACAUAUGAAUCUUUUUACAUUAAGUUAUUUAGCACUCUCAAUCAUAUUUAUUGUCUAAACAAAUAUGCAUAUGCAGUUUGUGCAUAUAACAAUUCCAUUAAAUUGUGAUUAUUAGAAAUUA